AUGACGACAUCGCGCGCGUCGCCGACGCGUCUCCUCCUCCUCCUCCUCCUCGUCUCAUUCCUCGUCCUCGCGCCUACCCCGGGACGCGCGGCGUCGAGCGCGGCGCGCGCGAGCGGGUCGAGCGGCGGGUCGAGCGAAGAGGCGGCACCCUCCCUCGCGUCGUCGUCGUCGUCGUCGACGUCGACGUCGAACCACACGAACAACUGGGCCGUGCUCGUGGACACGUCCAGGUACUGGUUCAACUAUCGCCACGCCGCGAACACGCUGUCGUUCUACCGCACGGUGAAGCGAUUGGGGAUACCGGACUCGAACAUCGUGCUCAUGCUCGCGGACGACUUCGCGUGCGACGCGAGGAACGUCUUCGCGUCGAAAAUCUUCGCGGACGAAUCGCACGCCACGGACUUGUACGGCGCCGACGUCGAGAUCGACUACCGCGGGUACGAGGUCACCCCGGAGAACGUGCUGCGGGUUUUAUACGGCGAGCAUCCGCCGUCGACGCCCGAGUCGAAACGGUUGCGCAGCGACGCGGGAAGCAACGUGCUGUUCUAUCUCACCGGCCACGGCGGCGACGAGUUUUUAAAGUUUCAAGACCAACGCGAGAUCCUGUCGCGCGACGUCGCGGACGCGCUGUCGCACAUGCACGCGGUGGGGCGAUACAACGAGGUGUUAUUCAUCGUGGACACGUGUCAGGCGGAGACGCUCGCGAACGAGAUCAGAUCGCCGCGCGUCAUCAGCAUCGGGUCGUCGCGACGCGGCGAGAAUUCGUUCAGCGGCGGCGUCGACCGCGCGUUGGGACUGUCGGUGAUCGACCGCUUUUCUUCCGCGAUUUUGGGCUUCGCGGAGGCGCGCGUGAGGGACGUCGACUCCGACGCGCGGAUGGACGAGCUGUUUCGCGCCGCGUCGAAGGAGGCGAUCAUGUCCACGGCGAGGCCGAGGCUGGAGAAUUACCGCCACCGGGAGCUGCGCGACGUCCGCGUGACGGAGUUCUUCGCCGACGCCGACGCCGUCCGUCGCCGUGGCGGUCAAAGCGGCGGCGAAGAAAAACGCGCGGCGGGCCCCUCGAUCGACGUCGUCGUCGACGAGGACGAGCUCAGGGAGCGCUUGCGGCGCGACGCGGUGUCGAGGAACGCGCACGGGGAGCGGUGGUGGACGGACGUCGUCUACGGCGCGGACGUCGGCUGGGUCGACGACGCCGCGAGGACGACCGCGGGGAGAGAGAGACGGUCGCUCGCGGAGGCGUUCAACGCGGAGGAUGAAAAGAUGUCAAAGGGACGCGGCGGCGCGGGUAGAGUGCGCGGGAGGAGAGACGGCAUCGAGGCGUUCGUCGUCGCCGCCGCGCUCGCGCCCCCGGUGUUGUGCCUCCUGCACAUGUUUCUGCCGUGA